AUCAUCGGAAUCGGUUGGCGUGAUGUUGAGUUAGUGAGUUAUUCAUCUAUUUGUCGCGUACGUACUUAAUGCAAAUUUAAGACUUUUAUGGUUUUGUCAUGGAUACCAUUAACAGAACUGGACUAAAUUGAAAUGGGACUACACGAGAAGCGUCAGCUUUCUAAUAAAAAAAGAACAAUCAUCAAAAUCGAUUCACCCAGUCAAAAGUUAUGAGGUAACAACCAUAAAAAUAAUAAUGGCAUACAGUCGUAUUGAGAGCCUCCUCUUUUUUGAAAUCGGUUAAAAGCUGAUUAAUAUGCUAAUUUUUGUUGAAUUAUUAAGAUAUGAAGUUGAAGUCUCCCUCAAUUGUCUUAUAAAGUCGUAUUUCCACUUUCUGUACAACCUAAGAACUUUUGUCUGUUAUAUCCUCAUGCUCGUAUUUUUUGACAAAAUAUUUAGCAAGAAAACAGUUCAUCACAUACUUUAUAUAUUCCUCCCGGUGAAGGUCAUGCGGCGAUCUGAGGAGGUCGAGGCCGCACGGCGUGCUACCAGCACUCUACGUGCCGCCAAGGAGAAAUAUCAACAUCCUGAUAAAAGAGCAACCAGUUGGCGGUAGAUCGCGUCCUGACCCGGUAGGCUGGUUCUGGUCCAGUAUUGCGGGACACCAGCGGCACCGUCUGAGCGGCCUGACGGGCUGCCGUACUGAGACGGGUGACGUUUCAGAACCUUCGAUUCGCCUCGAAGACUCCGUCGGCUGGGCGUCCUUAGGAUACAAAAUGUCAUGCAUAGUGCAAGUUGAGCAGGGCUUAUUGGAGGGAACGAAGCGUCAGAGCUGCCGUGGUCAGUAUUACUAUAGUUUUGAGGGAAUACCGUAUGCGAAGCCACCUAUUGGAAAGCUAAGAUUUAGUAAUCCACAAGAACCCGAUCAAUGGAAAGGAAUACGUAGCGCAACAAGUCCCUCAAACAAAUGCGCCCAAUUAAAUCCUUAUUCUAACUCAGCGUUAGUAGGUUCGGAAGACUGUUUGUACUUAAACAUUUACACGCCUAGUUUGCCAGCUGAAAAACUCGAGAAAUUACCAGUAAUCUUCUUCGUCCACGGCGGUCGUUUGAUUGUAGGCUACGGAGAUUAUUAUACACCGGAUUAUUUGAUUAAAAACGAUGUUAUUUUAGUAACGUUAAAUUACAGGUUAAAUGUGUUAGGAUUUUUGUGUUUGAAUUUACCGGAAGCACCUGGUAACGUUGGAAUUAAGGACACCGUCUACGCAUUACGUUGGGUCGGUAGAAAUAUUUCUCGUUUUAAUGGCAACCCUGGCAAUAUAACGGUUUUCGGUGAAAGCGCCGGUGGGGCCAUUGUAUCUUCGUACUUAACCUCAAAGAUGACUGUUGGUCUUUUUAGUAAGGUUAUUGCGCAGUCCGGAAAUUCAAUAGCUGAUUUUUUUGUGAUUAACGAGGAUCCUAUUGAGAAAGCGAUAAAAUUGGCGUCAGUUUUAGGCAAGGAUUUGAAAGAUCAACGGUCUUUAUACGAGUUCUUAGUACAGGUUCCGUUAGUAGAUUUGGUGAAUGCGUUUACCCAGCUAGAACUGAGUCGGCCGCCUAGUAUUAUCAAUGCGUAUUUCUUACCGGUCGUCGAGAAAAAGUUCGAUAACGUCGAAUGUUUUUUCGAGGAACAUCCCAUAGUGUCCAUUAAGAAUAAUAGGGUACAAAAAGUGCCCGUAAUAACAGGUUAUGUCACUUACGAAUCGGCGCUGUUCGUCCAAAAAGACGACUCUGGUAAGAUCGUAUAUGUAGACGACUUUCAUAAUUUUAUCCCUCGAUUCUUGGGUGUCGAAGAGAGCACGGAAAGAUCUAGAGUUUUCCAGAAGAAACUACGCGAAUUCUAUUUUGCGGGCCGGGAAUUGAAUGACGAUUUGAAGAUUGAUUAUUUGGUAAUGAUCACGGACGUGUAUUUCGUUAGGGAUAUCAUUUAUUUCGCUGAAUUACUAUCGAAACACAAUCCUGAGGUGUAUCUAUAUGAAUUCGGUUUUGACGGCAACCUGAAUACGAGGGUUAUGAAGAGUUUGGGAGUGAAGGGAGCGUCGCACGGAGACAUCGUGCAGUAUCAGUUUUACAGGAAGAGCAAAGCAGAUAAAUGCGGGGAGGCUGACGAGAGAACGAUUGACUUCUUGAGCGAAUGCUGGAGUAAUUUUGCUAAAUACGGCGUACCAACAUGGAGGAAUCAGAAAACAAAAUGGCUGCCUUACUCAACGAACAAUAGACGGACGCUAGUCAUAAAUGACGAGAUAGAAUUAAAGAGAGACGUUAAUUUGAAUCGCAUUAAGUUCUGGUACGAUAUGAUCAAGGAUAAGAGUAAAUUGUGAAUUAAUUAAGAUUAAACGGUGGUGGUUAUUUCAUUGUGCCAUUAUUCAAUGGUGGAUAAAGAAUGUAACACUAUACUAGGGAAAAAGCGUAUUACUCUCUAUACAAAAAUCAUUUGAUAGAUAGGCUGCCACUUCUCGAGCCGAAAGCUGAAAUCGUCGACCGGGAAAUCAUUAAUACCGCGCCAAGAAAUAAAAUACGCAGUAAUGUACCUGAUUUAUGAAAAAAAAACUUGAAAAUCUGAUGUGGAAAGCCUCGACUUUGGUAACAACUAUAAUGCCUUCUACUGACUCAGAAUUAGGUUU